UGCCACCGCUGCGAUAAAGCCUUCAUGAACGACUCCUUCCUGCAAGCCCACGUGCAGCGCCGGCACGCAGAGGCCACCGAGGCGGAGAGGCAGAAGAUGAAGCGGGUGAAGCAAAUGGAGGAUGAGGUGGAGGAGCUGAAGGCGAAACUGCAGGAGACACGGCAGCAGCUGGAAGCGGAGAGGGAAGCGGAGAAGCUGCGCAGGGAGCAGGAAACGGAGAGAGCUCGCCAGCGAGAAGAAGAGGGCAGGAGAGAUUUGGAAAGGUGGAAAGAGGAGGAGAGGAUGAAGCUGCAUGAAGAGAUAGACGGCCUGAGGCAGCUCUUCCUCGCAGAAUUCAAGGACGUGGCCAGCAGGAGCAGUGCCAUGGAGGGGAAACUGCAGGAGCUUCAGGCCAGAGGGGCGGCAGUGUCCAACCUAGGGACCCUGCAAAAUGAUGAUACCGAGGAGGCACGGGGCCAGACACCAAGCCGGGCAGAGCUGCGGGGCAAGCAGGAGAGGAUGGCAGUGCAGGUUCAGGUAGCAAUGGGCUCCUGCUGGUGUAGAGCACUGACAGUCCGAGUCCAGAAAUGGGACCUGGACGGUACAGAGGACAUGUCACAGUCCCAGAGGGCAGAGCAGAGGCAGGCGCUGAGGGAUAACUGGGCACAGGAGGUCCAGUUGAAGAAGGAGAACAAGACACUCCGUGCUGCCCCAUCCCAGGACCAGCAGGCGGUUAUGGACCGUGUCCAUCAGCAGAUGGAUGCCCUCAGCACCUGGUUCAGGGAGCAGCCCAAGGUCACGAAGUCCCUGGAGAAGAAGAUCAAGCUACUAUCUGCCAGCAAACCUGAAGUGACCUGGGAGGUGACCAAAGCGGUGGCUGAUGAAGAGUCAUCAGACAGGGAGGAGGCUGCCCUGGGUGGGAAGCGGAGGCUGCUGGAAGCCCUGCGGAGAAACCCAAACCUCCUGAAGCAGUUUCGCCCCAUCCUGGAGGAAGUGCUGGAGGAAAAACUGGAGAGCAUGGGGGUCAAGAGGGUUGCGAAGGGGAUCUCCACUCGGACCUACAAAAGCCUCCAGGCUCUGGUCAGGCUUCAGCAGCAACAGAAAGCUCAGAAAUUUCCCGGUCUCCUCCACCUGCGGGAUGAGUUGAUCCGAGCGGUGAUGGGGAAAGUCAGGCGAUGCAAGAAGCCCAGCACUACUUUGCCUCGACAGCUCUCCAUCAUCCCAGUGCUGCCAGGGAAUGAGACCGACUCCGACGGGUGGGACCUGGACUCGCUGGAGGAAACAGCUGGUUCAGGUACCAGCAACCGCUGGUGGGUGAGCGAGGUGGUGGGGACAGUCCUGGUGAACACCAUCAGCGCUGCCGUGUCACCUUCUUCCUGGGGCUGA